UAACGAUUAACUGCCCGACUGCCCGAGCCCCGGAGUUCCGGACGACCGGACCCUCAAUCUUAGAUGUUAGGAUUAUUUAAAAAUUUUUCGUGGUUAUAGAAACAACUUUCUAAUUCGAAGUUCCUGUGUUUCUUUUCAUUGAACCAUAUAUUAUUAAGUUGCAUAUUAAUAUUAUAAUAUAAUUCGAUGGAUCUUAUACAAGUGGUUGAUAAAAAUAUAUAAUAAAAUUAAUUUCCCAUUUAAAUACUAUCUGUUAUCAAAUUCGAAUUUUUCAUUCGCAAAUAUCUCGUUGGUUUUUUCAGGUUUUUGACUUUUGUAUAAUCGACAAUUGUAUAGUUCAACAUUAAUCUGUGCCUAGUUGACGAAUAGCUUUUGUGAAACUAUUAAACUAUGACUUUAAUCUUACUUAGUGCUAAUUUCGCCCAAAUCAUUACAUUUUAAUGAGUGACACUGAUUUAUUUUUAUAUAAGUUAAAAUAAAUAAUUUAACUUUACAAAAUGUUAUAAGUUAAAUGUGAAAUUUUGAUUAAGAAUGAUAUGGAAAAUACUAGACUAUAUUGAGUAUUAUAAAAAGAAAUAACACACAUUUGAAGUCUGCAUUCAAUUAUGAAUAACAUUAAAAACUUUAUCGAAUCAUCUCGAGUUCCAAUCGUUUUUAAUAAUAUGUUGGAUGAUUGGGAUCCAUUUAAAUGGGAUUUAGAUAAAUGGAACAAUACAUUUGAACAUCAGUCAUUAGACUGUAGAAAAGGAAGAAUUACGUGUACUCAAGAACCUUUAUGGGAAAGUAAAUGUUUGCAUGAAAGUCAUUCAUUCAGCGAAAUUAUAAACAUGUCAAAUAAUAUUGAAAACAGUGGGUAUUGGUUAUAUUUUGAUUAUAAGUACAUUGGAGAAAAAGUUGAUGAAAACAUAUUUAAAUCUAUAUCAUGGAAAAAGUUUGGUUAUGAGAAUUUAGGUCCAAAAGAUUCGACUUUAUGGAUUGGAAGUAUUGGUGCUCAUACACCAUGCCAUCAAGAUUUAUAUGGUAUUAAUUUGGUGGCUCAAGUUCAUGGAAAAAAACGUUGGAUUUUAAUGCCACCUGAAAUGGGAAAAUAUCUGAAGCCUUCUAGAAUCCCUUAUGAAGAGUCAAGUUGUUAUAGCAAAAUUAACUUUUCAUGUCCAGACAAUAUUCAAAAUAUUGACAAUGCUUGUAAAUGUGUGACAGUGGUUUUAUCACCAGGCGAUGUACUAAUCGUCCCACAUAAAUGGUGGCAUUAUGUUGAAAACUUAACUACAGCUGUUAGUAUUAAUACUUGGAUACAGAUUCCUAAAUAUGACAAUAAAGCUCGGUUAAGUGAGUCUGUGGUUCGUUUUAUGGUGAGCAGUGUAUGUUCUGGUGUGUCAAAGAAUAUUCAAAUGGCAUUACUAAAUCCAAAUGAAAAAUGUUCAUCGUCUAUGACUGCAGAGUCAAUUAAUUUUAUAGACCAAAGCAUUAAAAUAAUACAAACUGAAGAAGAUACUACAGAUUCAGAAGAACCAAAUUCAACUUUGCCCAUAAAAUAUCAGUAUAAAACGUAUGAACCAGAUCAAUGUUUGUCUAAAGUGCAGUUUGAUACAAAAUAUCACAGAUAUAACCAUACUCCAAGUUCUUCAAAACCAGAUUUAAAUACUGAUAUAAGUCAUAGAUUAUUAGAUUCUUUAUGUGAUGAUACUGUUAUAAAUCAAAUUGUCAAUAGUUUAAUUAAAAAAGAUGAAAAGCUUUCAUAAAUUACAAUAAUUUGAAAAAUUUAAAAAAAAUAUAAAUAAUAUUUUUAAAUAACAUUUAUUAUUAUUAUUAUUGUUAUUACCAUUGUUGGUAUGAUAAUAUAAUGGUAUUUAUAAGUAA